AUUAGUUUAUGAACCUUAAUUAUGUUUCACCUAGUUAUUUACGCAUUUCUAAGUUAGUUAUGAAGUUUAAUAUUUAUAAAGUUACGUUCUUUAACGAACUUAUGUUGCCUUGUAUUUUCCAAAAGGAAAGUACGGCAGUAACGCACCGACUAAGUUAAGUCUUCCGCUGCUAAGUAAGAGUUAAUUAAUGAAUUAACGAUGCUUAGGAGUCGGGGCGUUACACCUUUGGGGUCGGGUGAGUGACCCUAUACGAGAACCACCAAUUAAAAAAAACUUCUCUUCAAUUUUGCAAGUCUCUUCUCCCGAUUCUCCUCUCUCUCCGCCAGUCUAGUUACACUACCCCAAAUAACCGAAAAAGAAAAAAAAGGAUGCAAAGCUUAGGAAAAACAGAGAAAAUGGGAACAAACCUCAAAUCCAAAAAACUCCAACUCGAAGACUACGAUAUCUAUGUUGAAGAUCCUAAAACCACUAAUUUAACCACUGACAAACUCAAUCAGAUAAUCCAUAUGCACGGAUUUUUCAAGUUUCGUCGUGAAAACUUACGCAAGAGGAAUGUACUGGAUGCAUUGAGUGAGAUAGAAGAUUUCAUGAAUCCUCAACGUUCGACAUUGAAUGAAAAUCUAUCGAUUUAUAAUCGUCCACUUACUGUUGAUCAAGUUAAUGAUGACCUUGAUACACUUCAAUGGCGUGAUUUCCCAAUUGAAUCUGUUCAAUCUCUCUCCUUUGACCGAAAUGUUGACGAAAAUGAAGGAAAUUUUGAGUUGCAGGAAAUGUGUGUUAAGAAGAAGCGUGGGAGGAAGAAGAAGGUGAGAGAGGUGUUUGAUCCAGUUCAUUUGACUAAGCCUAGAUCGAAGAAGAAUAUUCAGAAGAAGAAGAAAUUAUCUGAUAUUUGCAUGUCUGCUUAAUUAACUUAGUUUUUUUUUUUUUUUGUUGUUGUUGUAGUAGGAAAGUUUGUAAUGAGAAUAUUGCAUCCUAGAUGUUUGUGAAUAUGUCCUAACGAGAAAUUAAAGAUGAGACUAGUAAAAUGUUUUAAUGGCUUUUGAUUGAUAAAUUGAUAAUGUUUGUGAGUUUUGUCA